GCUCACGUCAUCCUUAUAUAUAAAAACAAAAUAAAGUUAAACAGGAUUUUUAUAUCAAUGUAUGUCUUUGAAUGAUUCGAACGAGUCAUUCGGUUGACAGGCAUCGUGUAGUCAGCUAGCUGAAGUUUACGGAAGAGCAACGCAAAUAAUGGAAGUGGACGGAAUUUGAUGGAUGACAUAAAUGAUCUUUGAGUAACAGAUUUAAUACGAUUUAAACACAUUUAUAAGUAGGUCUUCAGGCGCAGGGUCAAAGACGUGAAGUCAAGAUGCCGCUGUUCGGCCAGAAUCCGUUUGAUCAGGAUGUCGAAAAAGUAACUAAUGAAACCAAUACAAUAGAAGACUGGGCCCUUAUAAUGGAUAUUUGUGACCGGGUUGGGACAACACCAAAUGGUGCAAAGGAUUGUCUCAGAUCGAUCAUAAAACGACUCAACCACAAGGUCCCUCAUGUUGGCAUGCAAACCCUAACACUGCUUGGUGCUUGUGUUGCCAACAGUGGAAAGAUUUUUCAUCUAGAAAUCUGUUCCCGAGAGUUUGCCAGUGAUGUACGAAGCAUCCUAAACAAAGCCCACCCUAAAGUUAGUGAGAAACUGAAAAGCCUGAUGGUAGAGUGGGCUGAUGAGUUCCAAAAAGAUCCACAGCUGAGUCUCAUUGGUGCCACCAUCAAAUCCCUGAAAGAGGAAGGAAUGUCUUUCCCAUCGUCUGGCUCAAAGAGCUCCAGGAACAGCAAGUCCAGCAGCACCACCACCACCACCACCAGUCGGGCUCCUGAUGAUGAAGACCUUGCUAAAGCCAUUGAGCUGUCCUUGCAGGAGCAGAACCAGCAGCCUGAAACUCUGCCACUUUAUGUGGCAGCUGACCCUCCCUACAACACUAACUCUGUUAAAGAAACACACAAAGUGCGGGCCCUGUACGACUUUGAGGCCGCCGAGGACAAUGAGCUCACCUUUAAAGCUGGAGAGGUGGUCCUGGUUCUGGAUGACAGUGAUCCAAACUGGUGGAAAGGAGAGAACCACAGAGGAGUAGGGCUUUUCCCAUCAAACUUUGUUACAACCAACCUAAAUGCUGACCCAGAACCAGUCGCAUAUAUAGAAAGUACAGCCGUUCCUGAUGCACCUACUGUAGAAGUCAAAGCAGAGCCUGAACCAGUGCAUAUAGAUGAGGAGAAGAUGGACAAAACAUUGUAUUUGCUUCAGAACACAGACCCGGCUAACCCUGAACCUGAUAGCCCUGAGCUGAUCACAUUGGAAGGUGCAUGUGCACAGAUGAAUCCUUUAAUUGAUGAACAAUUACAGGAGAUUGACAGGAAGCACUCCGAGCUGUCGGAGCUAAAUGUGAAGGUUCUAGAAGCCCUGGAGCUCUAUAACCAAUUAAUGAACGAGGCUCCAAUGUACUCAGCUUACUUAAAGAUGCAGACCCACCAGGGCACCUACCCUGCAGCCCCUCCUUCCUUAGGCAUGCAGAGUUACCCAGGCCAACCCUCAGGGGCCUACAUGCCCGGUGGCAUUCCACAAGGCUAUACUCUGGGUUCGGACCAAGCUGGCCCUCUCUGCUCAAUGCCUCCCACAGUCAACUCUACAGCUGCCAGUCAGCCAGCACAAUCUCUUUACAUCAGCACCAGUAUGGGAGCUGCAUAUAUAAACCAAGCUCCUGGCUCCUACCCCGCACAGAUGGGUAUGUCUAUGGAUAUGUCUGCCUAUCAGAACACUAAUCCUGCUAUGCCCCCAGCUACCUAUGCAAUGCCGGCUCCUGCUCAUCCUUCACCACAGCAGGGGCCUUAUUACCAGCAGCCGCUCCUGUGAAGCCGUACGUCAUCACUGCCAACGUUCAAACUAGCGUUCAAAGUUUCACAUUCCUUUGCCUGAUUGGCUGAAUGAUAUUGAGGGUCUACUAAGGAUGCUGAGAGUCGAUUCAGCCGCAUCUUACUACUUUAUUAGAACACAAGUAACUUGGAUUUGAGAGGUAUGAAGUGCACCAAUUGGUGCCCAGUUCUCUUUUUUUUUUUAUACAGAAAUACCUCCUUUACCAGCAUUUUGUAUUUACAACUAAAAAUAAGGGUUUUUUAUCCUAAAAUCCUAUUUAAUCACAUUUAGACUAACAAGCUGGUUUAAAUUCUUGUGUUUUGGCAAUCUGAUGAUUGAGCUGAUAAUUGAUUAUUUCACUCUAUCAGCUUGUACCCCCUGUACUUAAGGCCUUAGAUUUAUGGUUCAUAUCCAGGUGUAUAUUUAGGAUACAGUUUUGCAUCUAUAUAAACCAUUUAUAUUAAAACUCCAGUAUGAGUGGAAUGUGGGCACGAAUUCCUUCCCUUUUUGCAUCCCUGAGAUUCAAAGUUGAAUUAUUUUUAAUAUGUAAUUGUUGUUUGUGUUUUCUUUAUGGAACUUGGAAAUUAACUUUGAUGAAAGUAGAAUAUAUAAAUCACCACGUGUUUUGACAGAAAAUGAUGAAAUGAUGCCUUGUAUAUCUGUUGUAUGCUUUGAAUUUCUAUUUCUGUGUGUUGAGAUUGCUGAUUGAGCACUUUAUUAGGUACACCUAUCUGCUAGGUACUUACGUUGAUUGCAUUAUAAGCUACACCUAACCAUACAGAUGAACUUUGUGGGUAUACAGUUACUAACCAUAGCCUUUAUUCUGCUCUGUACGUUGAGCAGUUGUCACUCCCUUGUACCCCAUUUAUUAAUUAAAAGAACCCCCCUGUGACCGGAUUUAAUGUGAGUAAUUAAUGUGGCCUUAAUCUAGUAGUGUAUGUUUUUUGGUAUGGAGGUAGCAGGUGCAACUUACUGGCCUCUUUAAUAGGAACACAUACCCUGGUAGUUCGGGCGGCACGGUGGCCUCACAGCAAGAAGGUCCUGGGUUCGUUCCUGGGCCAGUCCGGGUCCUUUCUGUGUGGAGUCUGCAUGUUCUCCCCAUGUCUGCGUGGGUUUCCUCCGGGCUCUCCGGUUUCCUCCCACAGUCCAAAGACAUGCAAGUGAGGUGAAUUGGAGAUACAAAAUUGUCCAGGACUGUGUUUGACGUUAAACUUAAACUGAUGAAUCUUGUGUAACCAGUAACAUUCUGUUCUACCCUGAUAGUUCUCAUUAUAGGUGAGCUGUUAAAGAUUAGAGCUGUUUGCUUUUUCAAAGCAUGUCGUGUGUUAAUCUUCCUCUAGUCUUUGCAUUUCUGGUCACAGGACUCUGUGGCUAAAUAUUUUAGCUUGACACAAUUAUUCUCUCAGAAUUGACAGUAUAGUGUUUAAAAAUCCUGCUACACAUAACAACAGCACCAUGUCAGUGUCCUUGCAGUGCUGAGAAUGGUCAACCACACAGAUAUCGUCUUGCCAGUUUUGGGGGUAUGGAAUUGGGCGAAAAGUGUACAGGACAACAGAUGGGAGACAGUCAGUAACUCUAUACUGACAAAGUUCGUCUCUAUUUAAGUUGUCACUUAUAUAUGAAAAUAACCUGUGAAUGGACGUACCAGAUAGGUGUACCUAAUAAAGUGCUCAGUGAGUGUAUAUAUGGAUGCGAUUCUUUUAAAAACAUAUUUGAGUGUUUGAAUGCCUUGUUCAUAAAAGCUUUGAAAUGUUGACGCUUCUUUUCUGCCCUUUAUUUAAAAAAAAUUUCUCAGUAAUGUAUGUCUUCUAGCUUUUGAGUAAUGGUUCCAUAAUUUUAUUCGAUUUAUUUAACCUUGGAGAAGAUCUAUUAUGAUCUACUAUGAUCCAUUAGUGAAGCUAAGAAGAAAUGUAAGCAAAGUAUGAUACUCUGUACACCAUGUAAACUUUUGUUUUAUUAACUUGCCUCAAUCAAGGUGUUGUAUAUUUGAUGUAAAAUAUCUGGCCUUUCUGUAAUGCACCUUAAGUCAUUUACCAACAGUUGCCUUGUUCAAUCAGACAAUAAAAAUAAAAUAAGAAAAAUAAA